ACAUUCACAGCGCGUGACCAUGGCGGAGCAGGCGACGGCGGAGCAGGUCAAGUCCAUGGAGGAGCUGGUGUCGUUCCUGUCGCACCCGCGGCCGGAGCUGCGCAAGUCGGCGUCCAGUCUGCUCAUCAACAUGACGGCGUCGGACCAAGGCAUGUUCCAGCUGCUGCAGCUCAAGAAGUUUGACGUGGUGCAGGCGCUUUGCCGCGUCGUGAGCGACAUGCGCCCCAUUGCGGAGGACGCCAUCAAGGCGCUCAUCAACCUCACGGCCGCCAACCCGGGCGCCUGCGAGCGCGCGCUCAAGUACGACCUGCUGAACCGCGUCAUGACCCAAGUGGAGGACGAGGAGUGGCGCCUGACCGACUACUCCAUGAUGCUGCUGGCCAAUGUGACCACGACGCCCGAGGGCGCCAAGGCGCUUCUCGGCUACGACGAGAAAUCCACGCACGGUACGAUCGCGGUGCGUGAGAGGAAGAUCCGCAAGCUCACCAACUCGUUCCUGGAAGGCGAGCCCGAGCCCGAUGGAGUGGACAGCUCCUCAGGCGAACCCAAGUGGGACGACGAGUACCAGUACGUGGCGAACAUUCUGGCCAACAUCAGCCAGCUGGAGCAGGGCCGCGACUUUCUGCUCAAGAUGCGUCAGAGCACGUCGCUGGCCGGUGCGCUUCUGCCGCAGCUCAAGUCGCCCAACGUCGUGCGUCGACGAGGUGUCACUGCUGCGCUCAAGAACCUGUGCUUCGACACGGACAACCACUUCUACCUGUAUGACCAGCUGGACGUUCCUACGCACAUGAUGGUCUUGCUGGCUGGACCUGAGGAGCUGGAUGAGGAUGACAAGAUUGGCAUGAACCCGGUCGUGUACAGCCAGGGCGACAAGAAGAAGCGCGAGCACGACCGACUGGUGCGCCUUGCGGCUGUGGACUGCUUGCUGCUGCUGUGCACGACCCGCAAUGGCCGUAAGGAGCUGCGUCGCAAGAAGGUGUACCCGAUCAUUCGUAACGCGCACUUGGAGGAGCCCGACGAGGAAAUCGGCGACCAGAUCUACAAGCUUGUGGAUUUCCUGAUCCGUGACGAAGAUGGCGAGGAGCCCGACUGGAAUGAAAUCCGUGCCAAGUCGUUCGCUCCCGACCAGGAGACCAAAACGGGUGAAGACGGAGAGGUGGUGCAUCCGCCGGCUCCUGCCGCUCCGGUUAAAGCGAUCGAGGCCAAGAAGGAGCCUGAGCCCGAGACGAAGGCGGAGGCCAAGGUCGAGGCGAAGGUUGAAUCAAAGCCAAAGGAGGUCGAGAGAAAGCCUGUCACGGCGUCUUCCUUCCUUCCCCACAGUGGCGAGGACGAGGAAGUGUCUGCUGACAUUGCUGAUGAACUCGCGAACGAGAUCUCCGCUCUGGACGUCAGCAGUGACGAAGAGGACGAGGAGGAAGAUGCUCUUGGCGUGGACUAA